ACGUGUGACGUCAUGGCUGGAAUAUAAGGGUUGAAUGCCUGGGGACCGUCUUUGAUCCAACCUUUCCUUACAUGUAGUAGACUGGAAUAUACCUUAUGUCAUUGAUCUGGAUAGAGCGGCCUUGAUUGGAGUGUGUCAGCCACAUGCAAUAUUCAUGUAUAAUCGGAAGCAAUGAUGUAACAACCAGGGGUAAUCAUGCCAUGUAAAUAUACCGAUUACCCUCACCCCCAUUCUACCCCUUCUAGCGACCACACCUGACUGAUACGCCUCCCGUGGGGCGCCUCCUCAUUUCAGCAGCGUGCACCAACUUCCGGGACAUAGUCAGCUGGUGGCCGAUCAUGUAAUAUGUUAAUAUACAUUAUAACUUAGCCACUGCUGCCGUAACACAAGGCCCAGCAUCCACCUACCAUACAUAUCAAAAGGAACGGACGACGUUACUUUGCCUUCAUUGUUACCAUAGCGACUCGAUCGCAGGAAUAUCAUUGUGUCGACACUGAUAGGACGAGGAAUGUCCAUAUGCAAUGCACGGGAACAACGGCAGAUCGAAGCGGGCCGCAUUACUGUGCAAUAGCCAUACUAGAUAGCAAGCUGGAGGCAGAGUGAAGCGGCCAACUGGUGCCUGACAGCAGCGAUGUGCAGAAGUACAAUACAAGCUGCUUUGUUCCUCGUCCAGCGUUCAGAUGGCAGCACGUGUACUGGUCAGUGAUUUCCUGGACCUACCCAGUCCGUCAGUGAGCGUCUAACAUGUGGAUAUGUGGAUACACUUCUCAUCCCUGUCUUCAUAGGACAACGGUGUGUACAGUCGAGCGUUUUUUAGCUCUCGGUUUAUGUUUUAUUCAAAACAAAACAGAAAGCUUGGUGUAUGGAUGUGUGGGAGAAGAUGGAAGGGGACGGACCACCGUUGCCUUCUAGAUGUGUAGCGAGUAGGGUAAGUUGCCCCCUACGGGUGCCCCCCGCCAUGUGCCGGUGAGGAGCGCCACCCACCCGUCAUCGUGUCUGCUGUACAAUGAACAAUGCCCUGUGUUAAUCUAUUAAUCCCCAGCGUAUGGAAUACUGUUGUGACCAAACGCCGUGCACAGAUCCAGCAUGAGCGACCCCGAGAAGGACGGACCCACCGACAGCGACAGUGCCGCUCUAGUUGUCAACGACGACGAGGACAAUCAAAAUACACCCAAGAAAUCUCGGAAGAGGUUGUCAGGGGAUGAUCAGCGGAUCCUGCUAAAUGUUGGAGGGGUGCGACACGAAACGCACGUGUCAACACUCCGCAACAUAGCCAACACGCGCUUGUGUCGCUUGGCGGAAGCGCACAUUCUCUCCGGGAAUGGGAGACAGGAGUACUUCUUUGACAGACAUCCUGCCGUCUUCAACAGUGUUAUUGACUUCUAUAGGACAGGUGAGCUGCACGUGCCCCUGGAGGUGUGUGGAGCUGUGGUGAAGCGCGAGCUGGACUUCUGGCAGGUGAACGAAUAUGAGAUCCGAGCUUGCUGCUGGCGUCACUACCGCUCCUACAUAGAGAACCAGAGAAUACUCGACUCGUUCAACAAUUCCCUCAGGAAGGAACAGGUGAACGUAGACCUGAAGGCCCUCACGGGCUGGACCUACUGGCAGACCAAGAUAUGGCUCAUUCUAGAUCACCCCAGGACGUCCAGGGCAGCUAUGGUGUACGGCGUGACGUCGUUUCUCUUCGUGGUGACAUCUAUAGCGGGCUUCUGUCUGGAAACACUGCCGGCACUCCGACCUCGACUCAACGUCUCCAAACCCUGCGACGGCCAACAAGAAGGUAUCGCAAGCGUUCUCAGUUCCCACGAAGCCCUCAACGUGCUGGACGUCAUCUGCACCGUCUUCUUCACAUUGGAACUCAUACUCAGGUUCAUAUUUGCCCCCAACAAGCUCAAGUUUGUUCGGUCGAUGAUGAAUAUAAUAGACUUGUUGGCCCUCGUGCCGCUGUACGUUCAGGUGAUAUUCCAACACUCGGCGCUCCAGGCGUGCUACCUGAACGAGCGUCUCGUGAUUGAGAUCAUGUUUAUACUGCGCAUCAUUAGGAUGUUUCGUAUCUUCCACCUUGUUAAACACUACCAGGCUCUCAAAGUGCUUGUGUAUUCUUUGAAGGCCAGUUUACAGGAGCUUUUGAUGUUGUUUAUAUUUCUUCUUAUUGGAAUGCUUGUCUUCGCCACAAUGAUUUACUAUGCAGAGAGAAAAGACGCUACAAGCCCUAGUGAUACUUUCAACACAAUACCAGUGGGCUUUUGGUGGGCCAUCAUAACUAUGACUACAGUUGGGUAUGGUGACGUGUACCCCAAAACGCCAAUUGGUUACAUCGUAGGGACGGCUUGUUCUGUGAGUGGAGUAUUGUUGGUGGCGCUUACUAUUCCCGUUAUUUCCAAUAACUUCACGUUGUUCUAUAGACAUGUUCAGUCCCGCGGGGACACACACAAGGACGCUGACGACUCCUUCACGGUGAUAAAUGACAGCUCCCACACCAUCGUUAGAAAACCCUCCGCUGCCUCCACUUUGGUGGAACCAUACAUGAAUGGUUCAGUCGGUAUCCAUGACAAUGAGCUGAAGGACAAGUCAUCGCCAAUCUUUGUUCCAAUUGCCAAGUUUUCGGACGCCAAUUCCAUGACGGACAUAGUACUCCAGAAAUCAUUGUCAGACUACAGCCUCAAAAGAGAUCCCUCUGUGCGCGCGCAUUCUGAUGACGGGGUCACGUACCAAGGGGAGACAAUCUUGUAAGCGCCACUCUUUAGGAUCAGUUAACACAAUAGACUCAGCUCUAGAUACAGGCAGUCGUAAAUUCGCUUCACUUCAAUUUCAAUUAUGGUGGUGCAGAAACAAUGUCGGGUCAAGGUUUCGAAAUAUGGCUGGUGAGACGUCAAGCCGCCGCUACCACUACAAACCACGUUGCGAGUUCACGAGUUUGAAUAAAUAAGACAUUCGUGCACCGCUCGGCAUCUCCGUGACAGUUGUAAGGAAGUGAGACAUAUGCACUCCGUAUCAGUCAAGGAUUACCGGAAGUGAUUACCCAAAUACAGCGCCAUCUGUGCGGAAGAGGGUCAAUAUAAUUGGCCACUUGUGAUGGAAAAAACGAACUUGUUCAGCGAACGUAGUCUAUGACAUUGGCAAUAAUAAAAUAUCUGUUCUGAAUUCUUAGUGAACAUCAAAUAAUCCUGAGAUGGAGGCUCACGACUGAUCUAUCGGCUAGCAUAUUGUGUAUGACGUCAGUGUGACGUGGCUAAUUGUAGCGCAGGCGCAGAGCCUGUGAAUUUGAUAAUUCUGGCGGCAAGAGCCAGAUGUGUAUAUACCAGCCAUAAUAUUCUAUGCGAUCCACUUUUUAUGCUAUGCAAGUUUGAUGGAUUUCACUUAUCAUGUUGCUGGAGUUUUCACUUCAAGUAUUUCACAACCAUUCUGUUGACGUGAAAUGCUGGAUUGACCUGUUUUAUAUAAUGCCACGGCAUGGCAAUCUUGUACUGAAUGAUUUUGUAUUGGUAGGCGUAAUAGAAAGGUUUGUGAUAUGCAAUUGCAAAUAUAUGUACUGUUUCUCUUGCCUUGACGGUAGCAUUCCUAAUAUCCGAGAUAAAUGUAGAUUAGAUAAUCGGGAUUCUCGCUCACACUUCGUUAUUUCACUUCUGUUCAUAUGCAAGCUUUGGAAAACCAUUGUUUUGAAAGGUUUAUAUCAAAGAAGUGGGACACUCCCCAAAACAUUUCCUGUAGUUGAAAGUGGUUGACUGAAGAAAAAGUCGGAAUAGCGAUGAUGACCGAGCAUUCCCGAAUGUCACGUUGAAGAAAGUUGCCUGUUAAUAGUAUAUACAUGCCCAGCACGUUCUACACGUUCUAGAGCGCAUACGCACAUUCCUAAAAUAGACGUGCAUAUGUAUCAGUACGCAUUCACUGAGAAGGACUUCUGCAUCUUAAGAAGAUUGUUGUAUUAUGAUGUAGUUCCAGCUUGUACCAUCAUAUUGUACCACUCACGGGUACAUAUUUAGCCCACACUGGUGAGAGUUGUAGCAUAAGCGAUGAUUUGACUGUAGAUAAUGUACCUUUACAAUUAUAGCGAUAAUUUGUGGAGGGUAGCGUGCUCUCCCUUUUAAACUGAUACAUAUAUCUCUUUUAACCUUAACGGGGUGUUUGGUGUGUCAGCGUGUAUUGCUGUGUAUGGUGCUUCGUCUGCAGCGUGUACCCCACAAUCCAGCAUUCUGUUCAUAUGGGAGGUUUCUAUCAUCCAGCGGAUGUCAUACUUAUUCUUAUCGAGACUUUACCUUACAUCUUACCCGGUUUAAUGGUUCAGAGAAACAGCAAAAACUAUAGCGGAAUAAUUAGUCCUUCCAGUGACUGUAUCUACUUCCUCCUUCCUCCCUGUUCACCCUUUUCACAUUCCUCCAACCCACCCACCCCCAUCCCCAUUCACACGAACCCCCCUCAAGGCCCUCACCACUACCACCCCUCAUCCUUUCCUCCGCUGGUAGUCAUUCUUCCUUCCUUCCUUAUGUUAGGGGCAUGGUGGUCAAUUUGUCUAAGGUGCCGUUAUGUAAAGAGUUACGCGCCUUUGUCGCUUCAGGGUGUUUCAGGUUUCCCUUAUUGUGGCAAAAAGCUAAGACCGCUAUAUAAAGAGUAACGCGCCUUUGUAGUUUCAGGAUCCGUUUCAGGAUUCCUUGAUUGUGGUAGAAGGCUAACACCGUGAUGUGAAGUGUGUCGCGCCUUUGUCGUUUCUGGAUCCGUUUCAGGAUUCCUUGGUAGAAGGCUAAGACAUGCGCCCUUUUUGACUUUCCUCACUCACAAUGCUGUUUCAUAACUGCAAUAUUGUUCAAAGCGGCGUAUUUAUCAGACUUAUUAUCAGACAUCUAAUGACAUUUCGUCUUCACCCUAUCCUUCUAUGUGUAGAACACACAACACACACACACACACACACACACACACACACACACACACACACACACACACACACACACACACACACACACACACACACCUUGACACCCUCCCUCCUCAUAUGACGGUGACCAAUCAUCUCCCUAACCCAUCACCUACUCUUCUCUUCAUCUUGUUCAGUGACAAUAUUCUCACAAUGGCGAUUGCACAGGGAAUUGCAUCAACUCCGGAAACUCGCUGUCUUAUGUCAGAAAUGGUCGUUAAGUUUUUCAGGAUGCUUCUUAGAUUGGUCGCCAAGGUAACAGGCUGUUCCGAGAGAUGUGUGUAAGGGGAUAAUUAAAAUGUUUUUUAUUUGGUCGGUAAGAUACCAACGGUUCUCUCAGCAAGCAUAUAGGUCUCAUUGAAUGCUUUCUUGAUCGCCAAUGUUCCAUUCUGUAACAUGCCAUUAGGGUAUCCUUAAAUUCUUUUGGAUCGGUCGUUAAGGUACCAGACUCUCCUGUGAGUUUACAUUAAGGUGACCAACUGUUUUAGUUUCCCUUUAAGGUACCAGACUGUUCUCUACAAUGACCACCACGUAUCCGGGUGUGUCUAUACAAGUCUUUCAACUUUCAACCUUUUCUAAAUGGUCGUUUCUGAGUUGAUAGCCUCGAUAGGCGUAUGAUUUCGAAGGUCAUUUUAUCACCUUGAUGAGUUUGUCGUGACCAUCCUUGAAUUUUGUAAAAAUGUAAAAAUGACCACGUUCUGCAUCAUCAUCAGCAUGAUGUUGCGGUCAUUAGAGAUGUUUUUAGAAUAGCUCCACACUCAUGAUGGGUUCUCUCCAGGGACGUAUGUCGACCUUCUAAAUCAUCUACAUCAGUGUCAUUGCUUCGGGGAAGAGUAGUUUCUGCCAAAAUCAGUCUCAGCAUCUUUCAGUGGUUUCCAUUCGUACGCCUACUCACCACCGAGUUGUACACGUGUAUGGGAUGUAUACAGGCUGGUUCAUCCACCAUACCAAGCAUGCGCUUAACUGGCAGCUUUUUCGUGCAACGGUAGUUCACUUUGACUAGUUUCCUCUCAGUUUACAAAGUAGUAUUUUACAGUUUGUAUCAUAACGUUAUCUGGUUGACUUCUUUACAAUUAUAGAUUCAUCGACUGCUAGUAUGUCUUUGUCACAUUAACGUUUAGAAGUUUAUCACUUUUAAGAAGACCUCAUAUCCAGCGUGUGGCACAUUCCAUCUCAUCCUCGUAUUGACAGGGUGCAUUCUACCCACCAACAUCAGCAUUUCCUCACUGUCACCCACCCUAAUCAUAGUGUAGAUCCCACCGUUUCCACCCACGCCUACCACUGUACAUCAAGACGUCAGUCGUAUGUAAUAUACUUAUAUAUAUCAGAGUUUAUCUGCUAGUUUUUUCGUUGUUGCUGAUUCUGUUCUUGUAGAUUGUAUUCAAGGACAAACAUGUUUCAGCUUGGACCAAAAUUGUUUAUUUCCUUUGGUGCGGGUUCACCUUGUUUGUUACAUUACCUUUCGUUAGCUUCUGUUUCAGUUGAGUGUCUUCCAGUCAUGCUUGUCACCUGAUAUUGCUGUCAUGCAGCUAAGAGUAAUGUACAUUUCCCAUUUGUCUUUCUGCACUACUUUCCCCACGUAUACUAGAGCUGUAUACGAGAGCCAUGCAACAUCCUGCCCAACCUACACCACCAGCAGGCUUCAGUAAGGGGAGAUAACUGCAUCUUCUAGUCUCCAGGCAGGGGAGACUACUCCGGAGAUUCAUUAUAGAUCCGUGUCUUUGCUAUAUGACAUUACACGUGUGCACUGUGAUUUUAACUACUUCUGGUUUGCAUUUUGCUGUAGUUAGGCGUUGACGACCGCCUUCAGCACGCGCGGAGUCAGAUCGCGAGUGACGUCAGUGUGCACGUUUUGUCUUGCCGCCUUCAGUUAGUAUUCUUGCUCAAUACCAACUUCGUUAUCUCUUAUGUUCCUAUUCCCGGGUGGAAUAGAUAGCAGACAUCUUGUCUCGUCUGCAAACCGUUAAUAAAUUAUUUUCUUGAACCACAAAA